GCCUGUGCGCACUUGAAAUUUAUAAAAUUUACGUAAAAAUGGAAUACACCAGCAAAACACAGAUCUACCAGAAGGUGAAAAAACCGCUGCUGGAGCGUCAGCGCCGAGCACGCAUCAACAAGUGCCUGGACACGCUUAAGACACUUGUCGCCGAGCUGCGCGGCGAUGAUGGCAUUCUGCGCAUGGAUAAGGCCGAGAUGCUUGAAUCCGCUGUGGUAUUCAUGCGCCAGCAAAAGAUGGGCAAAUCAGAAACAACAACACCAGCGUCACCAGCGAUGCCAUUAGAGAGCUUCCGAAACGGCUACAUGAAUGCAGUCAAUGAGGUGUCACGUGUUAUGGCAUCCACACCUGGCAUGAGCGUGGACCUUGGCAAAUCGGUAAUGACGCAUCUGGGCCGCGUCUACAAGAAUCUACAGCAGUUUCAUGAGGCGCAAACAAUGUCCGAAUCGGAGGCGACAACCGAACUGAGUAUGAACUGCAACUCCGCGCCGCUCAGCCCCGCCUCAUCAGGCUAUCACAGUGAUUGCGAGAGUCCUGCACCAUCGCCGAUGCCAGUGGAGGGCGAGAAACUGUGGCGCCCCUGGUAA